CCCGUAUCCUCACUCUUCAAAUCCCUAUACUUAGUCGCCCCCUUCUUCCCCAACUUCGUCAUAUCCCUCAUCUGCAGCGCCUGCGGCAGCAGCUCGCGAUUCACCACAUCAUCCGCCAUGCGCGCGCCCAUGAGGUCGCGGCGGUCGAGGCCGGCUUCUUUAGCGUCUUCUUGGAAGAAGGCGCCUUUGUGGUAGUACUUCUGCAUGAACCCCAUUUUGCCCUUGCCUUCGCGCUCUUCGACUUGUUUAGCGAUAUGCGCGUCGUCUUCAGCUUUCCUCUCCUCCGCACUCAAAUUCCUCCUCCUCUCCACCUCCUCAAGUUCCUUCUCCCUCUCCUCAAUCGCCACCCUCUCCCUCUUAAUCCUCAUCAACUCCCUCAACUUCCAAGCCGCAUGCUCAGCUUCAGGGUCGAGGCCGUCAGUAUCGUCAAUUUCGUCUUCAGCCUCCUCAUCAUCAUCCCAAUUCUUCUUCCCCGCCUCCCUCGCCGCAACAUCCUUCCUUAUCUGCUCCUCCACAAUCUCAUCCGCCGCCUUCUUCCUCCUCUCCUCCUCCUCCGCGAUUCUCUCCUCAUCCGGUCUCGUAUCCUCUUCUUUCCUAAGCCCGCGUUUAUCCUUCUUCACGAACAUCGGUCGCAUCAUCACCCUCCUCGGCGCCUCCUCCUCGCUGCUUUCUUCUCCACUCCCGCUCUCCUCCUCACUCCCCUCCUCCUCCUCCUCCUCGCCUGCUUCUUCGCUUUCGGUAACGAACCCCUCCUCCUCCGCUUUCCUCGCCAGCCGUUCAUCUUCUACCCUUCGUUCCUCUUUCUCCCUCGCCUCGCCGCGGCGCUCGUUGAGGUCAACUUUCUUGAGGUCACUCGAUAUCCCCCCCGCGCCCGUGAAUUUCGGCGCUGGUCCACUCGGUAUCUUCUGUUCCUGCUGCUGCUGCUGCUGCUGCUGCUCUUCUUCUUCCACUUCAGAAUCAGAACUCUCCACCUCCUCCACCACCUUUCCCGGCCUAUACCGCGGCGCCUUGGCCGGGUUGGCUGUCAUUCGCGACGACAUUGUCGUUUCUCGCCUCUCAAAUUAUCCAAAUAUCGCUGUACUUCCUGGCAGUUGCGCGGUAGCGUUCGCACCACUCGAUCAAUCGGUCGGAUUGGAUCGUCGCUUCAGUUGUGUUGUUGAUUUGCGAUUUUGCCUUGUUGACCAAGGCCGUGGGAGGCGCGCCAGAGGCUACAGUCAAUAA